UAAUAGCAUAUAGCAUAUAGCUUGAACCAAACUAGUGACAAAAAUGGUAGUUGCUUCUUACAUUCUCUCAUUUCUCAUAUGUCUCAGUUUCUCCAGCAUUGUCCUUUCAGAGCCAUGCACAUGUACAUAUACGAUAUCAGUAAAAACAGGAACGAUGCAACAAGCAGGAACAGACGCCGUCGUGAGCCUGAAGUUCUCCGAUCUAGAGAAUCCCGCUGUUUACAUUAAAGACCUCGAAAAUUACGGUAUUAUGGAGUUUGGACAUGACUAUUUUGAGUUUGACAACUUGGACUUUUUCAGUUAUACGGGACGUUGUUUCCCUAAACCGGUGUGUUACAUUGAGCUGAGCCAUGAUAAUAGUGGUAAGUAUCCUGGCUGGUACGUUAAGUACGUAGAUGUCAGAAGUUCUGGAGGAUAUUCAAUUAGGGAGACCAAGAAACAUUUCGCAGUGAACCAGUGGCUCGCCAAGGAUGAGCCACCGUACCAGUUAUCUACUUUUAGGGAUUUAUGUCCUAGUUAUAACGAACGGAAAAUUGACUGCGGUGUCGAGUCAGUGGUGGAUGCUACUAUAUGAUCAGCUGCAAGUUCUUUCAAAAUGUGUGAUGUUUUAUUGUUUUAUAUGAAUUGUUUGAAAAACAAAAAACAAAUAUUAAGCUUCUGUUCCAAUUG